AUGAGAACCAGGAACAAUGCCUUUGACUACGAGGGGAAAGAAUUUGCCUCGGGAGGUAUGCAGAUGGGUGGAGUCCAAGACUAUGCAGACUACAUGAACCAAUAUGCUGGAGAGUGGGUGCCGGAAGAGAGCAUUGAUCAGAAGCAUCAGGCAGAUGGGCACAAGGAUGCUGAGCAGAAAGGAGGUGACCAGAAAGGAAGGCAUCAGAAAGACAGGCAUCCCAAAACUGGUCAUGAGAAGGCCGACCAUCAGCAAGGUGGUCAUCAGAAGGCUCAUCAUCAGAAAGAGGAUCAUCACCAGGACAGCGAUGAACAGAACUCCAAGGCCUCAGCAGCAGUGCCAGGGCCUGACAAGACGCAUAUGGCACAUGCGAAGGGUCAGAAAGAAGGGCAGAAAGCCGUUCAGAAGGCCAGUGAGAAGGAUCACAAGCACACCAAAGACAAGAAAGCUGCCCAGGCAGUGACACUCCUGGACACAUCAGAGGAAUGGGCACCUGUGCCUCACCCAGCACAGCCGGUUCUGCCGCGCCUGAAGAUUGCAAGCAAGGACUUCAAAAGCUCUACUGACAUUCUACACCCGGCUCAGCCUGUACUACCACAGCUCUCAAAGGCUUCGAAGGAGGCCAUUGAGGACGUGCGCUCUGGUGUGCAACGGCUACAGCAGGCGGCACAGGAUGAGGUGUACGCGGCAUGGACCAUGAACAAGCACUUACCUGCGCAAGAGCAGACCCAUGAGCAAAAGCAAUUGGGUGAAUCUAUGUCUCGCCUGUGGAAGGUGACGCGAGAGCCUUUGAACACCAAGUCCUUGCAGGAGCUGGAAGAUGCAGGACGGGCAGCUUCAACUGCCAUUACCAGGCUCCGCACUGCAGAGCUCCAGCAGCUGCGCAAGAGUGCCAAGACCGCACAGGAAAAGCUCAUGAAGGGGGCCAAAGACUGGUCUGAGAUGUUGCAGCGAGAUGCUCGGAAACAGGAUAGCAAGAAAUUGGUGGAGGAAGCAAGGCAGGCAGGUGUGGAGCUCGAGAGGUCACUGACAAAGGCCUUGGAAUCACGAACUGAGAACAGAGCACAGGAGCUGUUACUCCGUGCCCAGCAACGGAAAAAGCUGCUACAGGGAGUUCUCAGUGAGGCAGUGGAUGUUGCAAAGAUGGCUCGUGCUCCACAGUUCACUGUGGAGGAGACAAAACCUCAGAAAGAGACACUUGAGGUCAAAGUUGAGGAAACAAUACUGCCAGAGAGGCAGACAAAGACCUUCACUGCCGAAAAGCUGAAGGGAGUGUCUGGCUCCUGGCUGUUGCUUGGGAUCACCAUUGCCGGCCUACUGUACUCGGUGGCUGGCUUCGUCCUGCGCCGUUCAGCCGCAGCACCCAGGGAGUCCAGGGAGAUUGCACUCCUCACCAUUGCAGAGCCAUAG